GGGCGGCAGGUGCCGGGCCGCGCAUGCGCCGGAGGACAUGGCGCUCCUUUUGAGCCCGCGCUUUCGGCCGCUCGGCGAGGCCCGGGCUCCCAAGAAGAGGAUCAGGACCGGCACGGUUACAGGAGUCUCCGGUCCUUUUCAAGCCACUCAGCUGUGGAACGGUGUCAUCCGUGCCCUUCAGACCCAGGUGGAAACCAAAAGAAGGCGGCAGCACCUGCGGGCCUACAGGGCCUGCUUCACGGGGGCCGACGCCGUGGACGUGGUGUUGAGUCACCUGAUGCAGAAUGGGCCCCUCGGCUCCCAUGACCUCUCCCGGAUUAAGGGAGCCCGGCUGUGCCAAGCCCUCAUGGAUCGGAAGAUCUUUGAACCCGUCGGGACGAAGCUGUUCCGAAGUGAAAGGGAGGUGGAAUUCGAAGAUGCGAAUAGUAGUCUUUACAGGUUUCCCGACAGCAGCCCCCCUCCCAGCCUGUGGGAGGAGAAUACAGGGGUCGAAAAUGCAGGACCUGAUGAGAGAGAUGCAAAAAGAGAGGCAAGAAUUGAAGCAGAAACGAUAACCAAUCCUCUAGCACAAGAAAUGAUUGAUAUAGGAAUAGAAGACUUUAUUCAAAGGGCAAAUGGGAAUCCGAAUUUCCAUGCAAAUAUCACGGUUAAUAAGUCGGUCCACCCAUUUCCCAAAAAAGCUGUGGAAGAAAUCUGGAAACAGCAGACAUUGUUACGGCUUCUUCAGUUAAUUCACCUUCCUUUCUUGGAAGGUGUUUUGGAGUCUCCCAUCAAAAGACUAAACCCUCAGUUGAUCAGAGAAGAUGAUCUUAUAAUCUCUAACACUUUUCUGGACAGAGAAGUUACCCUGGGCUUAAAUUUGCCAGUUACUGACAAAUGGCUUAGUGCAGCAAUUGAAUGUUUGGAAUAUUUCCCAGACCAGCUGUUUGUGAUGGUGAGCCAACAGUUAGUUCAGAAUACUAAUGAAGAAUUAGAAUUGAAUAUGCAGAAGAAGAUACUCUUUGAUGUUAUAGUUAAAUAUUACAAUCAGAAGAGAGACUGCCUCCUCACCGACUGUUAUUCUGAUGUUCAUUCAGGAAUACUCGAACUUCUGGAGGAUGGUAAGAAGGGGAAAGCUCUGGAGGCAUCACAGCUAUUCUUACGAUUACUUCUGCCAAAUGUUAGAGAAGAACUGCGAAGGCUACUUACUUUUAUGGCAGUUGCAUCCAAACCAGAUAGCUACAAAAUACAAAAACAGUUUGAUAAUAAAUCAGUGGUUAUGAAAACUCUUGCCAAAGCAGUUUUACAACCCAAAUCAUUGUUAAAAGUACAGACUGAACAUUUAAUUAAUUUUCUUCUGGAAAACCACUCUGAACUUUUCAAGACACCUUUGAUUUUGUUGGAAAUGGUCAGUAAGAAAUUUAGAAGCCUAUUGGAUGGAGAAGAUCCAGAUGCCACAACAGGAUUUAUAUUUUGCCAACGUUUGCCCGGUAGAGAUUACGAAAGGCAAAAGCAGACAACAAUUCAACAUCUCCAGCAGUUGAUUCAUGAAAUUAAUAGUAAUUCCAGCAUUCCUCUUAAACAGAAGAAAAAAUUGCUUAAGGAAUUUCAGAAACACCAUCCUCCAGCUUUUGACCUCUAGGAUGAAAAUGUAUUUUCUCUUGGGACUUAGUGCAAAAUAAGGAACCAUUUUCUCUAUAUCCCUGGUUUUAUCCAAAUGGUGGUGCUUUUAAUUAAGAAAAUCUACUGCAAAAUAUAACCUCAGGAGGGAGAACAUAAAAUUUUGAAAAGCAAAAACUAUUUUUAAAAGACUAUUCUAAAACUACUUGCACUAUCAUGCUACUGAUUCAUUUUGCUACUCUAUAAUUAUACUGAGUAAUACAAUAGUUAAGUGUUUGUUAAAAUUAGGAAUUUGAUGCAAGUCUCUUAGAAACGUAUUAAUUUCUUUAAAAGAAUAUCUUGCAGAAAUUUUAAAGACAUAUCUCUUUCCACUCCCAAUUCAUUAUUUCCAGGUUAUUCUUUCGCUGCUAUAAUUUAAAUGAUUUGUAUUUAAAUGGUUUAUGGUUUGUGUCCACUUGGAAAGUUAUACUGUUUUUAACAAUUUCAUACUGAUUUUUAUUGCAAAUUUAUUGUAUAUCUAUUCUUACUGCUGUUUUUACUCAGAUGAAACACAAGAGAAAGCUGCUUGGGGGGAGCAGCAUGGCAUAGUGGAUAGAGCCCAGGCCUGGGA